GCGCAAUAAUGGGUCGGCCGACGAAGCGCAUGGCACACAUCAAGCGCAUGCAGGCAGCCGCCCUCGAGCGCAGGACGAUGGGCCUUCCGCCGCGCAAGGAGGCACCGAAUGUGGUCUCGACCACGAUCAACCGAAAGCGUACCAAGCCGGAGGCGGCUGACGCCAACGCGCUGGCCAAGCGCUCCUGCUACCUGCCACGCGAGCCAGUCGAAGCGCUCACGCGCCUCUUGAACAAGGAGGAGAAGGCGUCAUUGGUCACCAAGUUCGCCGCAAGCAGCGAUGUACUGGUACCUGUCGUCACAGACGAAGCGCAAGACGACGACGCUUUGUGCCACGACUUGCUGCACAUGCGAUCCUGUAUCCAGCAGCUCAAGGUCAUGACCACGAUCCUCGAGUCGUCGACGGUAGGGCCGCGCUCCAACAAGCUCUCGCACUACGACCUGCUGCGGUACAUGUCGAUUCUGGCCUACUUGACGUACCUUACCGACGUCAACAACUCGUUUCGGGGCGUCGAGGUCAAGCGCAUGGCCAAGUCGGAGGAGAUUGCGCGGCUCUUCUUCCCGACCAAGCCCGUCGGGUACCGCGGCAAGCUCAUUCGGCAGUGGACCGAGAUGUACCUCAAGGACCAGAGCCUUCCAAGUACGGCGCGCGGCAAGCAUCCCAAGAUCAAACGGCUCUCCGGUGACGACGAGAACGACGACACGACCAACGAGCAGCGUUCGACGAUACUACCAGAGGAAGCUACGUCGCCGGGCAUAACUAUCUAGUGCAUUUGGUGCAGAAUGCAUCAUAUCGUUAGUGUCAAGUGCAUGCAUGUAGCUUCGCGCCAUAGCAAAUGUCUGGG